CAGCUCCGGCAGCCGAGCAAAAGAAAAGAGGAAUACCAAGAAAUCAGGAGACAAGGAGAAAUAACAGGAGAAAAGAAACUAUCAUAAUAAAGAAAGAUGCAGAACUGAGGGUGACUAUCCAUCCUCCCGGCCCGGUGAAGUGUGAGACUAAAUAGCGUGUCGUGAGGAAAAGGGAAGAGGGACGAUGGGGUUCGGACAGGACCUGGGGAACUCCCACGAUGGGCUGUUGAAGCUGCAGGACUGGGAGCUGAAGCUGCUGGAGACAGUGAAGCGCUUCAUGACGCUACGGGUGAAGAGCGACAAGGAGUACGCCUCACUUCUCCUCAACAUCAGCCAGCAGGUGGACAAGCACGACAACUCCUCCCAGAUGGACUACAUCAGCAACGUCUCCAAGUCUUGGGCCCACAUGGUCCAGCAGACAGAACAGCUGAGUCAGAUCAUGAAGUGUCACGCGGAGGAGCUGAACUCUGGCCCUCUGCACAGACUCACUAUGAUGAUCAAAGACAAGCAGCAGGUUAAGAAGAGCUACCAGAGCAUCCACACACAGAUCGAGUCCGAGAUGAACAAGGUGACAAAAAGCGACCUAGAAAAGUUAAAAGGCACCUACAGACAAUUAACAAAGGAUGCCCACAGUGCCAAAGAAAAAUAUAGAGACGCAAUGGUGAAAGGCAAGGAGCCGGAGAAGGCGAGGGAGCGUUACGACAAGGCCACCAUGAAGCUUCACAACCUCCACAACCAGUACGUGCUGGCGGUGCGGAGUGCCCAGCUCCACCAGGAGCACUACCACGACACCACGCUGCCCCUCCUGCUCGACUCCCUGCAGAAGAUGCAGGAGGAGAUGAUCAGUGCACUGAAGGGGAUUUUGGAGGAAUACAGUGAAAUAACCAGUCUCUUAACUGAUGAAAUAGUGAAAGUCCACAAAGAAAUCCACACCUCCAUCGACCAAAUUGAUCCUGUGUCAGAGUAUGAACACUUCAUUGAGGUUCACAGGUCUCCAGAAACCAAAGAACCAAAUGUAGAAUUUGACGUUUCACUGUUGGAGGAAACCGAGAAUCUUCAAGCAAACGAGAUCCUAUGGAACAAUUUGACUGCAGACAGUUUACAAGCGAUGCUGAAAUCCACAUCAGAUGAGCUGGGCCUCACUCAGCAGAGCCUACGCACCAAGGAGGAUCUCAUGCAAGACUUGGAAAACAAGCUUGAUGAGUCCACCAAAACAUGUGAAAAGAAGUCUGAUGUGGUGCUGCUGCUCAGUCAGAAGCAGUCUUUGGAGGAGCUGAGGCAAACGGUCCAGUUGUUACGCUGCACAGAAGCCAAGCUGGGCGCCCAGAAGGACCUGCUUGACCACAAGAUGCAGGAGAACGAGGGCAAGGAGCCUCCCCCCAUGGUCAACUACGAGGACGACGCGCGCUCCGUCAACUCCAUGGACAAAGGCAAAGACAGGACAUCAAAGUUUGACACCUUGCGUCAUUCCUUAGCCGGCAUCCUCCGCUCUCCCAAAUCAGUCCUUGGCUCAUCAUCGCAGUUUUUCGACGUGAUCCCAACUAGUGAGAAGCCCCUGGGGGACCAGGAGUGGUACCAUGGGGCCAUCCCCAGGACCGAGGCCCAGGAGCUGCUCAAAGAGCAGGGAGACUUCCUGGUCCGGGAGAGCCACGGCAAGCCUGGCGAGUACGUCCUGUCUGUCUUCUCAGAGGGACAGCGGAGACACUUCAUCAUCCAGUUUGCAGACAACCAGUAUCGUUUUGAAGGCACUGGCUUCCCGACCAUUCCUCAGUUAAUUGAACACCAUUACACUUCAAAGCAAGUUAUUACCAAGAAGUCUGGGGUGGUGCUUUUAAACCCAGUCGUCAAGGAUAAAAAAUGGAUACUCAACCAUGAGGAUGUUACUCUUGGAGAGCUUCUUGGCAAAGGCAACUUUGGUGAGGUAUUUAAAGGAACAUUGCGGGACAAGACUCCUGUGGCAGUCAAAACAUGUAAAGAGGAUCUUCCACAGGAGCUGAAGAUUAAGUUCCUAUCAGAAGCCAGGAUCCUCAAACAAUAUGACCACGCAAACAUUGUGAAGCUGAUAGGCGUUUGCACACAACGACAGCCUAUUUACAUUGUGAUGGAGCUAGUGUCAGGAGGGGACUUCUUAUCGUUUCUACGGAAGAAGAAGGAAGACCUGAAGACCAAACAGCUGGUAAAGUUUUCAUUAGAUGCUGCUGCAGGAAUGGCUUACCUCGAGCUCAAAAACUGCAUCCACAGGGAUCUGGCGGCUAGGAAUUGUCUGGUGGGAGAGAGCAACCUGCUGAAGAUCAGCGACUUUGGGAUGUCAAGACAAGAGGACGAUGGGAUCUACUCGUCGUCUGGCCUCAAACAGAUCCCCAUCAAGUGGACGGCUCCAGAGGCUUUGAAUUAUGGGAGAUACAGCUCGGAGAGUGAUGUGUGGAGUUUUGGCAUCCUCCUAUGGGAAACGUUUAGUCUAGGAGUGUGUCCUUACCCAGGGAUGACCAACCAGCAGGCCAGAGAGCAAGUGGAGAAAGAUUACAGAAUGUCCUGUCCAACAAAGUGCCCUGAGGAGAUUUACAAAGUCAUGCAGAAGUGCUGGGAGUACAAACCUGAAAAUCGGCCAAAGUUCGCCGAUCUUCAGAAAGAACUGGCCUCGAUCAAGAAGAAAUAGCAGCCUGGUAGGGGAAGGUGGACCAGGUCAUGUCAUCACAUCCAGGGGAUCACCCCCUUACAACCUGAGAGAAACACCACAGAACGUUACAGCCUUGAUGCUACUUGUCGUGAUUGUACUCACGAUGUAUACUUUGUCACAAAAUCACUGUGUUAUUUGCCUAGGCAACUGUUUUGAGCCAUUAUCAAGGAGAGAGAUCUCUGCUUAGCUUGGAUCAUUGUCAAAAUAUGACAGUAUUAUUUUUUUUAAACCUGGUGUUCCUUUAUUUCUGUUCCUUUCUCUUAUUGAACCUCUGCAACUAAAGGUGUUUUGAGACAUAACCACGCAAACAUGUGUACAAUAGAUACAAUUCAUCAUGCUCCAUUGCACUUCUGUCGUUUUGCUAUUGGUCAUCACUCGGGCAUAGCCACGAUAAUGAGAAAUGUCACAAUUUCUAGUUUUUUUUUUUAGGGCCCUGAGUUUGGUCCUGUUAAGGUUAGAUGAGUAAUAUGACUUGAAAAUGCAAAGCAGUCUGGUGCUCCGUGUAGCCGUGCAACGUCUAAAAAAGACUGUCUAGAUGCACUCCGUAGCUCAUUUCAGUCUUCAGAGACAGAUGGGGUUUGAGAACCAGUUCCUACCCAAGGACGUAACAGUUUAUACCUAAGGGUAUAGUGUCUGUUUUUGUCUCGAGCUUGACUUUUCAACAUUCAGCAAGAAGUUUUUUCUUCUUCCUGUGAAGUCUUAUUGUGAUGUGACAGUUUGAUUUGAGAUCUGUGAAUCAUUUCUGUCCUAAGAUUUCGUAAAGUAUUCUCUUUUUGCCCACUAUUUAAUGUAGAAAACCUUUGAGUAAAACAUACAAGGAUAAGUGCAAUUUGUGACACCCUUUUCCUAUAAUUGUUUGGGCUUUGUAAUGUAGAAAUAUUGCAAUAAGGCCAUUUAUUUAGAAUUAAUAUAAUUUCACUUAGAAUUAUUAAAUGUUUCAGACCCUCCAGAAUGCUGACUAUUUUCUACGUUUUGGUCUCUGUUGUUACAAGCUCAAUACUCAUAAUUUGAGAAUUAGAAUGUACCAUAACUGUACUAUCUGACUUGAAAUGUGAAUUUAGCAUUUUGUGUCAAAAACAAUCCGCUUUUACAUAGCUACGAGAGUUUUAAGGAGCUCCAUUUUUCAUGUAUUCAUUUUUGUGGUAUUUUUUUACUUCCAUUUAAAAAAAAUAAAACUACUGUUCUAAAUCGUUGAUA